AUGGCCCUACUUUUUGCAGAGAAAGAGUAUUUUAAUGAUGAGAGGGUGGCUAAGGCAGCUAGGAAAGUGAAGCAUGAAGAAACACACAAACAGACAGCAAAAGAUGCUAACUUACCCAAGGCAUCAUGUCCCUUGAAAUGGGUGGCACUGUCUUCACACAAUGGAGAAGCUCAGGAGAGUUCCAGUGGAAUGGUGCAGUAUGGCAGUGGGUUGGUGACAGUCAAUGAUGGUUUAUCUGACAAUGACUCAGAGGGUGAAGACAAUAGAGGAACAAUUUCAGAUGGGCCAGGAACCACUUCAGCCUCCCAGACCAAGGUCUGCCCAGGGACAUCUGGUCAUGUCCCAGGGCUAUGCAGAUUUUUAGGCCCUGGGACAGAUGGGAUUUCCCACAUAGCCAUCCAUUCAAAUGCAAUUAUUUGGGAUGUCCCAAGACUGCCUUGGGUGACUGGGGUCCCUACUCCUGAAAGUGCAGCAUAUAUUAGCAUUGAAAUAGCUGCAGAAAUCCUAGCCCCCUUGCUCCUCUGA